AUGGUCUGCACAAUAUGAAGAAAAGAUCGCAUAAACACAAUUAGAGAUGCACAAUUUUGGAAAAUGACACUGCAAUAUUUUCUUUUCUGCGAUAUACAUUGCGAUAUGAAAACAUACAGGAAUUCUCACCUCAACAUCUGCAGUGUGUGAUCCUCCUUGAUCAAGAUCAAAUCUGCAGUCAUCUGUGAAGAGCAAUGCCUGAAAAAAUAAAACAAUUUUAACCAUCUACCAUCUUUAAAGCAGAUCAUCAGGUAAAAGACAAAAGUUAUUAAUCCUUUGAAUAAUUAUUAUCCUACACAUUACAAUAAUUAUUUCUCAUGGAAUUACUUACAUUAUGUCCUCUUUUUAGUCUUGCACGGGGUAAUUUAAUUGUGCUGUUAGGUUCAAUUUGUACUUGCGUUUUGACAUUCUAAAAAUAAAAAAGAACAUUGACAUCAUGAUUAACAGACAUAUUCAUGAAUAACAGGAUGUUGAAUUUAAACAAUAAUUAAGUCAAUAAAAGCUGAGACUCACACACCCCUUAAAAAAAACUCACUGAUAAGGAAACGUUGUUGGAAAUGUCCUCUAAUCCUCCCACUGCCUGAACAAACUGAACUAGUUAGUUUAAAUUAACCAUUCGUUUGCGGACUAGGGUUUUGGGGUUGUGGCACUAAUAAAAAAUUAUGACAUAUUCUCAGUUGCCAGAUUACUUUGUACAACUGCAGCCCAAUACUACAGUCCUGUAAAAAUCCUCCUACUGAAGGGUACAAUACUGUGACUGUGUAAAAGGGCUGUGUUAUACAGAUGUGUUUAAGUUUAAUCAACCCCAGUACUUUAUCUGACAGACUGUAGUAGAAUAGUGUGUCUUAGACAUCUAAGACUGUAUCCAAGGCAACAGGGCAUCUCACUCGCGUGCUUCCCGCCGUUGAAGUUACUUGGUUAACGGGACGUUAGUUACUUGGUAAUUUUACAAUAGGAUUUAACACGAUAGAUUUAGAAUAACGUUACUUAUCAACUUUGAAGAUAUAAUUAUAUCAUAACUCCGCUAUAAAUAUCACUAACAAAUAUGUUUGCUUAUGUAAGAUAUAUAGAAGACGGGUGUAAAGAAAUCGUGCCUAUUUCUUACAUUAAGGACUUUGACAGCAACUGUGAUAAUAGCAAUAAGAUCUACUGGGUGCGCUGGCAGGAGGACUAUUUUAAAGGCUGAAGGGUGAGUAAUUACCUCCAAUAGUUCGGAACAUAAUAAGAGUAAUUAAAUGGCAAACUUGGAUACCUUUAUCUAAUGCUAACGUUUUUAACUGAUGUGAGUUUUGGCUAACGCGUUUAGCCGUUCUAGCUAAAAUUGUGUAACAACAGUACGUAACGUUAUAGCAGGUGAUUUCAAGUACUUACAUCCAGUGUGAUUUAAAUUCCAGAGUCGAGAGAAGAAGUGGAAGAGCGGCUGUCCAAGGGGAAACGCGUCCGUGUUAGACGGCUGAAGGAGACCACAGCUAUUGCCAUCUUGUGGCACUUGGAUAAAAAUCAGAAAAAAGCAGCAGAAGAGGCAAAAAAACCAACAACCUCAUGGCCUUACUUAAGGAAAGAAAAAUGAAAAAAAAAACUGUCUCCGCUCUGCCCACCUCCAAGCAAGAAAAUGAGAGAGUAUAUCUUAUCAGAUACGUUCUCCGAAGCAGACGACAACGAUGAUGAUGAUGAUGGUGGUGGGGUUGUUCCUCAAAAACUUUUUGAAGACGCAAAACAAAAACAAUGCCUCUACCUCAAGAAAUUCAAUGAUGUGUCCCUUCAACUGCAGGAAACCAAAAACAAGUUGUUGGACCAGGAGAAGAUCACAGCAGCAGUCAAGGCUGAGAAUAGCACACUACGAGCGCUAAACAUACAACUGCAGCAACAUUUGCUGAAAAUACUGAACUCUGUGCAAUGCAAUGAUCCUGUAUCACAAAGAGAAGGCCUUAAAAAUUGCAGAGUCUGGCUGUGCAGAUGAGGUGGGACCCUCUGCUUCUCCCAAAGGAGACGAGAUUCACUUGGGAGGGGAAGUAAGCAUUCGAUAAGAGACGUGGUCCAGGAUCCAGAAUAGAACCAGGGAUUCGUUAUUUGUGAAAGAGUUGGCAGUGGCGAUGUGGGGCACUAAAACCCUGGGGGAAAGGAGCCUCACGGGGGAAAGAAUGCCCCUCCACCCAAACCACCAGGCAGCCUUUAACCCCACAGAAACUACACACAUUAAAAGUCUGUUACAAGGAGUGGCUGCGUCGGAAGAAUCUGGAGGAGACAGAUGGGGAAAGGCUGGACGUUUCAUAACUGAAAAAAUAAUAAGAGCACUCAAAGUGCCAUGCAAUGAGCCAUGUUUCUAAACGGCCUUAGCGACAGUAACUAAGGGGCGGGGCGCCGUCACAGCGAGAACGCGGAGGCUCCGCGGGAUCCGGAAGUGCUCCGAGACCAGAAUCCAGACUCAGUCCAGGACAACACGGUCCACCAGUCACAGCGGAGACCUGCAGGACGAUGGAGAACCAGAACCCGGACCACAAGAGCCAAACAGCAGCCUCGUGCUCUGAUAGCACCGAUGUUCAGAAACGGAGAGGAAGAGAGGGACUCAAACGUCACUACUGUCAGCUCUGUGACAAAUCCUUCACAACAUCUGGACAUUUAAGGAGUCAUCAGAGAGGUCACACAGGAGAGAAACCGUACAGCUGUGACCAAUGUGAGAACGCUUUCACUAGAUCAGAUAUUCUAAAAGCCCACCAACGUGUUCACACUGGAGAGAAACCAUACAGCUGUGAACAUUGUGGGAAAGCUUUCAUUACAUCAGGUGCCCUAAAAAAACACCUACGUAUUCACACUGGAGAGAAACCGUACAGCUGUGGACAGUGUGGGAAAAGUUUCUGUCAAUCAAGUCACCUAAAAACACACAGACGUAUUCACACUGGAGAGAAACCGUACAGCUGUGGACAGUGUGGGAAAAGUUUCUCUCGAUCAGAUCAGCUGAAAACACACGGACAUAUUCACACUGGCGAGAAACCGCACUGGUGUGAACAAUGUGGGAAAGCUUUCACUACAUCAGGUGCCCUAAAAAAACACCAACGUGUUCACACUGGAGAGAAACCGUACAGCUGUGGACAGUGUGGGAAAGCUUUCACUACAUCAGGUGACCUAUUAGUACACAGCCGUGUUCACACUGGAGAGAAACCGUACUGGUGUGACGGAUGUGGGAAAGCUUUCAGUCAAUCAGAUGCUCUAAAAACUCACCAACGUGUUCACACUGGAGAGAAACCGUACAGCUGUGAGCAGUGUGGGAAAAGUUUCACAAAAUCCAGUGACGUUAUUGUACACAGACGUGUUCACACUGGAGAGAAACCGUACUGGUGUGACCAAUGUGGGAAAACUUUCACUUCAUCAGGUGGCCUAAACAAACACAGAUGUGUUCACACCAAAGAGAAACAGUACUCAUGUAAAACAUGUGGGAAAAACUUUACUAAUGGUAGUAGCCUUAAACUCCACCAAUGCAGUCACACUGCUUAGUUUUGAAAUUUUUUCAGAGCGAAGCAAGUUAUUUCCUCCAGCCUCCUGCUCAUGCUGUCUCUGUAAUAAGCCUGAAUGUAAACCCCUCCUAGAAACAAUCCAGUGCUGCUUUGAAUGGACCGCUGUGCACUAACUCGGUCCUCAUUAAGUCUGUUGAGAUUGGGGAGGGGGGGCAAUCUAAAGCAGCAACUGUUCCAUUAAGGUCUGUACAUCACUGACUGUGCUUGUACUGGCUGAGGCUGGCUGUGGAUCAAUAGUACUCUUACUGGCCAACAUUUACUCUGCUGACAAAGCUAAGCAUGGCCCCUGUAAAUUACAGAAAACAAUACUUAUAUAUAUAUAUAUAUAUAUGUCAUCAGCUGCAUCAGGCUUCAUUCAAACUCAGUCUCCUUUAAUUCAGUUUCAAAUGUAAAAUACUAUUUAUACUUAGACUUAACUGAAUAUGUCAUGCUUAUUAGCUGAGAUAUGUCUAGUCCCAGUCUGCCCUACUAAUCAACAUAGUCAAUGUCAAUCCCUGUUUUCCAUCUUGCAUUAGUACAGAGUUUUAACUAAACAUUGACUGAGAGACAGAUAAUCACUGUCCUGUUUUUAACUGAUGUGCACCCAUGAGGACCCAUUUUAUCGCCUUGGAUAAAAGCAUCAUCUAAAGGAAUAAAUGUAAAUGUAGUGGGCGCAUCUACAGCAAGCACAGAGGAAGGCUGCUGGAGAAAGAGAAAGCGGGAACAAACAGAUGUGGUGAUUGUUUUUUUUUUAAGUCGCUGUCAUGAAGCAUGUCUAAUUUCUUUUGUCUAAUGAUGUUUCUGCUUAAACAGUAAGGUGAGAGCAUUCAUUGAUGUACUGAUACUUAGUUAUUGAUUUUACCUACAUGUACUUUUAAUAAUCCCCUAUAUGUCAUUAUUUUAUGUACUUUGCUCAUCUUACGUGGUGGUAUAAUUUCAAGUAAGUGUGCCAGUGUUUUGAUAAUGACCUUGUGUGAGAUUGGUUUGUUUCAUGCUUUCCUGUGACAAAAAGUUUCCACUGUGGCUCGAGGCUGAGGAAGGCUGUUCUUGUAGACUCCACAAUUAUUCUGUAGCAUUAAAUGUCUUAUUUGCCUGCUUUUAUUCUUACCAUUAGUUAAUAUAACAAACCACUGUGUAAGACAUUAGUCUAGGAUGCAUUUUUGCUAAAGGGAAUAAAAAGUUAUUUCACGCUG